AAUUACACUGCAGAUACCCAUAUUUAUGCAUCAGAAUUUGGCAAUGACUCCAUUCUGAAGUAGAUGUUAUUAUUGUGUUAAAAGUUUUCUCCGUUUUCUUCUAAUUUGUUAAUUUCACUUACUGAAAAGACAUCAAAAAUGACUACUAACCAAACAUCAGAGCUUGAGAUCCUUCAAAUGAAGGCAAAUCAAGUCACUGAUGAGUCACUGGAAAGCACAAGAAGGAUGCUACAACUAGCAGAAGAAAGCAAGGACACGGGUAUUCAGACAUUGGUUGCUUUAGAUGAGCAAGGAGAACAACUUGAUCGCAUUGAAGAAGACAUGGAUGUCAUUCAUGCCGAUAUGCGAGAAGCAGAAAAAAAUUUAACAGGGAUGGAGAAAUGUUGUGGGAUAUGUAUAUGUCCAUGUGGAAAAGCUACCGAUUUUAAAACUGAUUCUGCAGCAUGGAGAAAUAAUGAAGAUGGUAAAGUUGUAAAUACUCAACCUACAAGAGUAGUUGAUAACAGAAAUGGUGCUGGUCCAACUACUGGAGGAUAUGUGCAAAGAAUUACACAUGAUGCACGUGAAGAUGAAAUGGAAGAAAAUAUGCAACAAGUCAGCUCUAUAAUUGGGAAUCUAAAAAAUAUGGCAAUAGAUAUGGGAAGUGAAAUCGACUCUCAGAAUCAACAACUUGACAGAAUCAAUAUGAAGGCACAAUCAAAUGAAACUCAUAUUGUCAAUGCUAAUGCAAGGGCUUCCAAGUUGUUAGGCAAGAAAGAAUAAAUCCCUGAAAUUAUGUGAAACCUCAUAUUUGGUGAAGUGGAGCACCGGUGUCUUAAAGUUUGCUUUCAGUUGGUACACCUACCAUCCACAUAAAAGCCUAACAUCUAAAUUUUGCUUUUUUUAGAUGGUAGAUUCCAAUGAAUAUCUUUCUGUUACUUUGUGUCAAUUUAACUUUAAAGUAUUUAUUUCUGAGGCACAGUCCCCCCCCCCCAAAGCUUUAUAUUUACCAUAUUGAAAUUGUAAGCAGUACUUAUUUUUUUUAUGUAAAAAAUUUAAUUGUUUUGAGCUUAUUUUUCAAAACACAGUUAUUCUUCCUGAACACUAAACUACUCAUUUUAAGAAGUUUUAAUUUAUUUUUUAAAGUUUACAUGUGCAGAGAUUAACCUUGUAUUGAUAUAUGUACAUAUCUAUUGAAUGUACUAGCUUCUUAAAAUUUAAGUUUCUUACUUCUUGGAAGGUUUAUAUAUGUAUUAUUUAGAAUUGACUAUUGCUUGAAAAGAACUUUUGAUCCGUAAAUAAGUCUUUAUCCUCUUUAAACAUGGUGCCUCAUGUUCCUAUAUACUUAGACUUUGUUCAAUUUUUUUAUCACCUUUGUUUUGUUUCUGUUGAAUCAUUGUCUUAUAUGUUACAUUUUUAUUGUUUAUCCAUGUAAUAAUUAAUUUAUAAGAUUGGUGUUUUUAAAAUGGAAAUUUUCAAGCACAGUUCAAUCAGAUUGUCUAACUUGCAAAAUAAUUUUUUUUAAAAAAAUUUUGUAAGCUUGAAAGCACAGUUUUGUAUUUUUCAAAGAUCAUUUCAGUUUCUACCUGUUAAAAUAUUUUGCUACACAGACAACUUCUGAUAAAAAAAAAGAAAGAAAUGUGUAAACAUAUGUAUUUUUUAAUGCUCAAAGAGAUUUGUAAAUUUUAAGAACAAUUUUUGAGCCGAUAUUUUUACUUGAAAUCUUAACUGGAAGCAGAAAAUCUGUUGUAAAUCAUAUUUUUUGUAUAUAUAUAUAUAUUAUAUUUAAUUGUCUGUUGAGAGUGCUUUUUUUCAAAAAUGUGGAUUUGUAUAAUAAAGAAAUGUCUUGUAUAUUUAUCAUGACUUUUCACUGAAAUUCUCUUUUCACACAUAUAAUUUUUUGAUUGGGGUAGAAAUAUUAUAUAAAAUUGCAUCAGUAAUAUAUUUAUAAAUG